AUGUCUGAACCGCUGGCAAAGACUGCCUCCAAGUCAUCGGACAAAGACGUGUCCGCUGUCCCUAACCUGAAACGAAAAGACGGCAAUGACCCGGACGAUGAAGAUAGGCGAGAGAGCAUAACAUCUACAUUGUUUGGAGAAGUCACUGAUCGUUGCACAGGUGUCGAAGAUAGCCUGUCAAUAGACGCGGACAUUCCCGACUUUGCCAACAAUGUCACCAAUUUCUUUAACCUAGUUAGCAACGUUCACUAUCGUUGGAAAAAGGCUUGCGGUGGCACCCAGGUUACCAAGCAGCUGGCUGCGCUGAAAACGCUCCUUUCCCGGGUUGAAGCGGAGGCGAGGUCGCCGCAAUCACUUUUUGCGCGCAACCCAAAACAUCUUGAGUGGUGGAAUAACUUUUCGAAAGAGUGUCACGAUACGAUUGCGAAUUUGGAAAAGGUUCUAGAGAAGCACAAGGACCUGGGCAGGAAUCCUAAACGGAACUGGGAGCGGAUACAACGGAAAGAAGAGAAUGUGUCCGACCUUCUCCAGAUCCUGAAGAGGAAGAGGUAUUCUCAUCCGGAUCAUCCACAAGCCUCUACCAGGGAGCGAACUCGCCCUUCUGACAAUACCGAAUUCAACCGUGAAAACACAAACUCGACUGGGUGUUCAACAUGUUCAUCUCCGUCGCCUGGAUUCACUCAGCGUGACAAGUCCGGCAAGGAACGCAGACUCAUCACCUGGGAGAAGCUGCCUGAAUCGGAACUGCAUCCACUGAAUGAAAAACAAAAACUGCCUGAAGGCUGGGACUGGAGAAUCGACGAGAAUAAUCGACUGUUUUACGUGGACACGCACUGUACAAUAUUUGGGCGGAUCUUUUGGAAACAUCGAGCGUCAAAAAUAGUGUCCUACAAGCAUCCGGCCCUUUGUAGACAAUUCAUGCACAAACGUGGAGAACUAUUCCUUCUUCGACAGAAUGAAGGAGGAAGAAGAGUGUUCACGAAAUGGACUCCCGCCGACUCAACAGAGUAUAGGAUCGAUGAUGAAGAGGUGGCCUGCCAGAUAGAGAGCUCUGUCUGGAAAGAUGGAUUAUCAGACGAAGCUGUCAAAGUUCGUGGAGAGCUGUGGUGGGGGAAUUUCUCUUUGCAAGAACGACGUUUGAGGCUGACACCGCGUUCUCGUCAUUCAAGUGAGCCGAUUUUCCGCGACUGA